UUUACGUAUGACUUUCGAACGUUCGGAGUUUUUUUUUCGUUGUCUUUCGUUGUUCUCUUGCUAUAUUUUUUUUUUGUGACAAAUACAAUACAUCGAACAGAGAGUGAGUGAUACAGAACGAGAAUCAUGGUGUUUUUCAGUUUUUGUUUUGCGUAGGAGAUAGAGAAAACGAGCGACACGACUGUGUGUCUAAAAUUCGACAACAUCCAUUGGAGCAAACACCAUGAAUUUCAAUGUAAUUUGUUUUAAAUUUUUUUGUUUUGAAUAUAUUUUGUGUCUUAGAACAUAGUUAAAUAUUUGGAUUGUGUUUAGUGCAUUUUAAUAAGGUUCUAUUGCAUGAAGAGGGUAAAAAACACAAAAAAUGGACUUUUUAUCACUAACUCAGCUGUUUGACAGCGAAAGUGAAGACUAAUGUAAACAUUUGCGAGUGCUUCAGUAGCCGGUUUGAUAUAUAUAUAUAUAUGUGUGUGUGUGUGUGUUUGUUGUGCCGACUGAGAAGUACGAAUACGUGCUCAACUGAUAGAGACAGACAGAGAAAGAGAGAGAGAAAGAGAGAGAAAGAGAGAGAGAGCAAAAUGAAAAGCAGAAACCAAUUUCUAAAUUUACAAAGUCCAACUUGCUUUCCAAAUGCUUCUAUUUAAACAUGAUUCUGAUUUUGAAUAAGGAUAAAUGCGUCGUUGUCGCAAUUGUGUUGCGUGUAUUGUGUGAGCGUUAGAAGUGAACGAAACGAGAAAAUCACAAAUCAUAAAGAGGGUACACACAGUACAAGCCGAGCACCAAGUGAAUAUUGAUCGGCCGGACGAAAACAAAAUCCAAAGUAACGAAGGAAAAUAAAAACUAUAUACAAAAACACUGAAAAAGCUAGUGCCCGAGAGUUGAACAAAACGCGCAAACCAAACGAAUGCUUCAUUCAGUCAACGAUGAUAAGUCAAUGAGAAAGCAAGGAAAUUUGUUACAACAGCUACAUAAACAUCACGAGCACAAACGCGAGAGAGACAAGACUCAGUGUUGUUCAGUGGUCGUGUUGUCACCGUUAAAUUUUGCCAAGAAAUUAGAAUUGCUGCAUAGAAAAAAAGAUAAAGAGAGCUACAUUGUAUUUUUACUGUAAUUUGUUUGAGAGAAAAAAAUAUAUCACCAUAGGUUCUGCGUGUUCUUUUGAUUCCCGAAACAGAGUCAUGCGACGUAGUCGAUACGUUCUGAGUUUUGUAUUCGGUUUUAUGAUGUUCAGUACAAAAGAUGCACGAACACAGGGGCUUCUCUAUCCGCGAGAGUCCGAGACGAGAGAAGUGAAAAGUUUGGAUGGAAUGUGGAAUUUUGUGAAGUCCAAUGAAACGGCACCAACUGAAGGUAUACGGGAUAAAUGGUAUCUCGAUGAUCUGAGCAAGGUGCACAAAACAAUUCCGAUGCCCGUUCCGUCUAGUUACAACGAUAUCACUGAAGACAAUAAUUUACGCGACCAUGUCGGCACUGUCUGGUAUGAUCGGAAAUUCUUCGUUAGCGCAUCAUGGGCACAAAACAAACGUGUUUGGAUACGCUUCGGUAGUGUUCACUAUGAGGCAUACGUUUACAUUAAUGGGAUCAUGGUGGUAAAACACGAAAUAGGACACUUACCGUUUGAGGCUGACGUCACCGAUGCACUGAAAUACGGUGAAGAGAAUCGUAUCACGGUUUUAUGUGAUAACGCAUUACUUGCCAACACAAUACCGCAAGGGAAAAUCACCGAGUUGUCAAGCGACAACAAUGGAACGUCAAUCGUGCAAACGUACACAUUUGACUUUUUCAACUAUGCCGGCAUACAUCGUUCGGUUGUUCUGUAUACCACGCCAAUAAUUCACAUUGACGAUGUCAUCACAACAACGAAUAUUGUCGAUCAACGCGGUCGCAUAUUCUAUCACGUAUUGACCAAUAAGACUGAUCAAUCGGAUUUAAGUCUCUUUGUUACAAUCCAAAUACGAGAUCGCGAAGGUGAAAUUGUUGCUACAUCAAGAUCACCGGAAAAUGACCUCAAAGGUUAUAUCGAAAUAAAAAAUGUGAAACCAUGGUGGCCAUAUUUGAUGCAUCCAGAGCCAGGAUAUCUCUACACGAUGGAGGUGUUCCUGUCAACCACCGCCAAAGAGAACAUCGAUGUGUAUCGCCUCAAGAUUGGUGUCCGAUCGCUGCAUUGGAGCAAUAAAGAAUUUUUGAUCAACGGCAAACCGAUUUAUUUCAGAGGUUUUGGUCGUCAUGAAGAUUCAGAUAUUCGCGGCAAAGGCCUUGACAUGGCAUUGUUGAGCAAAGAUUUCAAUUUGAUCAAAUGGAUUGGUGCCAAUGCCUAUCGAACAUCACAUUACCCAUAUUCAGAGGAAUCGAUGCAGUUCGCCGAUGAGCAUGGCAUCAUGAUCAUUGACGAAUGUCCAAGUGUCGACACAGAUAACUAUACACCGGCCUUGUUGGAAAAGCACAAGGCAUCCAUUGAGCAAUUAAUUCAUCGUGACAAGAAUCAUGCAUGUGUUGUGAUGUGGUCAAUUGCAAAUGAGCCGAGAACUAGUAAAUUUCAAGCAGAUUCCUAUUUUGAAGCUGUGGCGAAUUUCACGAAAUCAUUGGAUCCAAAUCGUCCAAUCACUGCUGCUAUCGCAGUCCCACCCAACGAUGAUAAAGCGGCACAAUUUCUAGAUAUAAUUAGUUUCAAUCGUUACAAUGGAUGGUAUUCAAAUCCUGGCCGAUUGGAUAUGAUUACAUCUCGAGUUGUGGACGAAGCAAUUUUGUGGAAUUCAAAGCACCAAAAACCGGUACUGAUGUCCGAGUAUGGAGCGGAUACUGUUGAAGGAUUGCAUUUCCUGCCCUCAUUUGUAUGGUCUGAAGAAUAUCAGCGAGAGCUAUUUUCGAGACACUUCAAAGCGUUCGAUCAACUACGGCGUUACGGAUGGUUUAUUGGCGAAUUUAUUUGGAAUUUUGCUGAUUUCAAAACAAAUCAAGCAUACACACGAGUUGGUGGCAAUAAAAAGGGAAUAUUCACGCGGAAUCGGCAGCCGAAGGAGGCCGCGCAUCAUGUUCGAAAGCGAUAUCACUCACUAGCCAAUCAAAUGGAACAGUCGAAACUGCCAGAUGAUCUAUUCCCAUACCUAGUCGAUGAAAACCAAAAAAUUGACAACCG